AUGAUUAUUGACUCCGAAUCAUCUGACUCCAAGCGGCCCAUCGCAAGGACACCCGAACCUCAGAUGCAGCAAGACCGCGCAAACGGCAACAAGAUCGAUACUGAGCGAUCACCGAGCACCCCCGGUCAUUUAGCCCCCUUCGACUGGGAAGAGUUUGAGUCUCGCUAUGAGCAAGCUUUGUCAGAUGCAAACCAGCAGGAGCAGGACUUGCUUGGCGAGUUUGAGCGGCUUGUAAAGUACUUCAAUGUAUGGGCAUCAGCUGCAUCUGCACACGACAAUGAACGCGCUCACAAACGGCUGCAAACCCGUGAGCGAUAUGUUCAGAUCGAGGAGUCGAAUCUGGUCCAGAAAAAGAAACAUUUGAGCGAGGUCGUGAGAGCCUUCCAAAGCGCACUAGCCCUACUGAGCCAACCUUAA